CCCAUAUCUUUGUAGGCAAUUUCCAUUUGAUUUAAAAACAUAAACAUCAGACUAUUGGUUCCGGUACAUUACUAUUGUCCAUAAUUCUGUUUGUGAUAUAGGCUCACACAGUGUUAACGUAUCCGCCAUGACUGAAAAAAGCUACCCUUUGGAAAUCAGGGAUGCUCCCCCGGAAUUAGUGGCGGAGAUUCGAAAAUACUCUAAUGGUGCUCCAAUGGACUACAUACAAGUGGGCCCUCAGAAAUAUAUCUUUCCUUCGGGAUUUAGAAAUGAAUGUAUGAAAUUGUACAACAUGGAAUUGCGACCGGAUGAUGUUUUUGUAGCCACCUUUCCCAAAUCAGGAACGACUUGGACCCAAGAACUUGUUUGGUUAAUAGGAAAUAACUUUGAUUACGAAACUGCAGCGAAAAUAUUCCUGAAAGAAAGAUUUCCUUUUAUUGAAUUACCAAUGAUGCUGAGCGAUCCAAAAGUGGUGCAGUGGGCGCGUGACCAGGUGAAGGGUGACUCCGCAGUCAACGAAGCGGUCAUGAAGAUGUUUAGUGUCCCAAUGAUGGAAGUCGUAGCCAAACUUCCGUCGCCCCGAUUCAUCAAGACACAUUUGCCAUUUUCAAUGCUACCACCCAGCCUUCUGGAUACCGUGAAGGUGGUCUACGUGGCUAGAGAUCCCAGGGAUGUGGCCGUGUCGUACUACCAUCACAGCAAACUAUUCAAACUGAAAAAUUUCCAGGGCGAUUUCCCAGAAUUCUGGCAGAUUUUCUUGAAGGAUGGAUUCGACUGGUGUCCAUAUUUCGCUCAUGUCAAAGAAGCUUGGGCCAAGAGGGGUCACCCCAACUUGUUAUUCUUAUUUUACGAAGAACUAUAUAAGGAUUUACCUGCAGCCGUCCGACGUGUCGCUAAAUUCCUACAGAAGCCGGUGUCGGAAGAGCAGGUUAGCAAGCUGUGCGAUCAUCUGCACAUCGAUAAUUUUAGGAAGAACAAGUCCGUCAAUUCGGAGGAAAUGCAAGAGAUCGGAUUUGCGAAUAAAACAGAAAAUUUCAUUAGGAAGGGUAAAGCGGGAGGCUGGCGCGCUUACUUCGAUUACGAUAUGACGCUUCAGGCGGAGCGCUGGAUGCAGGAGAACCUUCGGGACACCGACCUUCGGUUCCCAACAAAGGACUAAAAAAAAUAUGCAUCUUUGUGACACCGACCUCUGGUUCCCAACGAAAGAUUAGUUGAAUAUCACGUUUUGCGACCAGUGUUUAAUUUACUGACCAGUAAAAAUGUUAAAUUCUGUAGUAAUACGAGUAGUUUAAACAGAUGCUAUAAAUUGCACUUGGAGAUCAGCCAUAACUAUAGAAAGGUUUUAGGAACAGGAUAUCCGAAAUUAAACUUUGCUAUAGUUGUUACCUGUAUAAUACGAGUAAAUCAUUUUUUAUGUGUUCCGUUUUCCUGCAAUUCGAGGAAGUUAUUUUGAAGGAAGUUGAUAUCUAUGACUACAAUGUGAGUGAUGAUUUGAUACAUUGUGUUAUUCAGAGAAAGUUAAGUAUUUAUUACUUUUAGUGCUGUGACUUUAAUUCUCUGUGACUUAAAAACUCUUAAAUGUUUAUUAGAAUUUUGAUUAAUAAAUAUAAUUUUAUUUAAUAAACCAAAAGUAAUUUUGAAAAAAACCAAAGUAAAAAUAAAUUUAUUGAAAUAAAAACCAUUGUAGGAAUUGAUAUAACAAUAUUAUUUAAGCUUAAAAAGAAUGGGUUGUUUGUAAUUAAAACGAUAUUAAACCUUUCACAGGUUUAAUAUUGUUUUAAGGACCACCAUGCCAGACAGCUGAGUGGAGAAAUGAGACUUUCGUAGGUUCUUAUUUUUAAUUUUUUUUUUGUUUUUCAGUUAUUUUACUUUUUAUUAGGAUACAGAUAAUUCAUAUAUUGAAAGUAUUAAAAAAACAAGUUGACAAGCUUUCUAGAAUUUAAAUUUGAAAUCGAUUCCCUUCAGCCCCUCCUCCAUCCAUUCUUCGGCUUCCUUUGUCAUCUCUUCGUCGAAAUAUUCCCGCCAACCACCUGUUUUA